AUGUCGUCGGGAAUCCAAGCAGGGAACUACUCUAGGAGUACUGCUCUCCUUGAGGCGGACGACUCUUCCCCUGAAAAUUCUACUGAAUCUGUAACCCGAACUGAAGGGAACGAACUCUCUGCUCGGAGAAAAGAAAUUAAAGCCAUUGAAUUGGAGAGAUGUCUGAUGAGCAAAAAUUCAAUUACUGCAGACGACGGGCAUUUAGGAAGCGAUCCGGACGUUCUGGUAGCCUGGCACUUGGUUUACCCAGCCUGCGCAUGGAUAUAUGCUAUGCUAUGCUAUGCAAUGCUACCUCAUGAAUGCCUUCUCGGAAGGUCUGCUGUUGGUUAUUGCGCCUACCUUGGGCCAUGCAUCUUGAACACUUUCCAUUCGGACGUGCACGCUUUCUUUAUUCGAUCAGUCUUUUUGGGGGACUUGCUCUGGGAUAACCCCUUUUUAGGGCAGGGACAGGAUCUAUCUUCCUUUGGUCCCACAAAGAUUCACACUACCUACCGUAAGGUAGAAACGACAAAUUCGAGUCAUAAGUCGUCUUACAACAACAUUAUCACACAUCUCCCCCCCAAAAAACCUAUCAACAGGAUCCCCAUCGCCACGAGCAACAUGCAACCUGCAUCCAUGGAAGGACCAAACCCCCCACGAGGAAAACACCGCCAGAUGAUGCGAGCGGCAGAAUCCUACGAAACGGAGACACCACGACGACACCAGUACGUCAAAGCAGGGCCAGACAAUGAUGAUGGUGCAGAACGCCAGAUCGUCAAAGCAGGACCCUAUCACGACGAUACAGAGCCAUCGAGGCGCAAAGUUGUCUACGCGGGAUCAGACGAGAACGAAUCGCUCACACGGCCUUCUCAUUCUCGAUCUACUCGCGUCAACGAUCCGAUGAGUACGACGCGUUCUACUCAGGCUUCGGCCUUGUCUUCGACUGCUCUCGCUACGGCAGAUACACCAUCCUCUCUCGUUCUACCUGCGAAGUCUGACGCCCAUCCAGCGUCGGCGGGCAAUUUCGUUCCAGGAGGUACUUUUCGUCAACUGGACUACAUGCAGCAGACACCACACGCAUUAUCGACGAGCGGAUUCGAUGAAAACAGGGCUCUCUUCCCAACAAACAUUCCCCCCGAAAAAGACGCCAGCCUCGCCAUCGCAGCCCGCACUGCUGUUGAGCAGGCGCAACAUAGCAAGAAGGAAGAAGAGAACCCUCGUAUCCAUAACUCAACACCAAAACUUCCUCUCGACGCUCCGCGUAGCUUGUCAGUUGCAGAGUCUUCUCUCGAUGCCGAAUACGAGCUUCUGGUUUACCCUGACAGUUUUGAGGAGAUUGAUAAUGACCCACAGGGUGAUGAUGAUGAUCGGCAUGGCUGGCAGUACUUUCCAUGCGAAUUCUGUCAACGUAACGUGCGAGGCGGACGCGCUUGUCGUUGUCCUCAGGUCAUGAGACGGCAUGGCUUCUUGCCUCCUCUCUGA